AUGUUCUCCAGAUUUUUGAAAUUAAGGGAACCUUUAAUAUCAACCCCUGCUAUUUUAAAUGUUCAACAUAGGAAGCCAAACCAAAACGACUGGAAUAUAAUACAAUAUUGUUGUGAUGCAUUAAAAUAUUUUGAUGAAAUAACAGUUCAUAUUAGUUCCGAAAAGAACGUUACUAUCUCUAAAAUAAUUGUUUAUAUUGCUAGACGUUUUACCAAUAAAAAUAUUGAGAACAUACCAGUAGAAUGCCAGAACAUGAGUGAAGGGUGUUAUGAAAGAGACAAAGUAUCUAUAACAGAAUUAUGCUCUAAGGCAGCUAAGGUCCCACUUUGCGAAAUUGAGAUCAAUAUAGAGGCACAACCAGCUGAAAAAAUGCAACCUGAAAAAAAGUCAAUAUGGGACGAAUAUGACCAACAAACUUCCCACCUCACUAGAACACAGAAUGCCACAGCAGCUAGCGUAGUUGAAGUUAACAGAUAUAUUCAGGAACCUCUGUUAAAACGCUCUGAAGAUCCAUUACAAUGGUGGUAUAAACCGAAGGAAAUUUAUCCAAGACUGAAAUUAUGA